UGUAUUGUAGAAGCCCUUUACUGGCCAGUUUAGCUAAAUGUAGUUACAGAGGUUCUCAGCUUGCACUAAUUUAGUGACGUGUAUUUAAUCAGAGAUGCGGUAUUGCGGUACUGGCGAGGAUGUGGAAAUCUACCCGUGUUACAUGUUGAAAACAGUCAAGCGCCGGAGUUAGCUCGCGGUUCACGUGGACUGCGAAACUACUUCUACGAGGACCAUCAAAGAGAGCUCAAGUUUCCCCCGCAAAAAAAGCCAAAAUGGACAUUCAAGAAGGGGCAGCAGCUGCCAGAGAUUGUGUUCUCGACUUUUCACGUUUGAGUUUAAAUACUUUCAGCGCUGACAGCAUUAGCGACGAGAGGAAAAGAGACAUAAGGCAGCUCUACCUGAACAACAACCGACUGGCCUCGUUGCCCUCGGCGGUCAGCCUUUUCCUCAACCUGGAGUUUUUGGACAUCAGCAACAACGGACUUUCGACCAUCUGUGAUGGCAUUACGCGACUCUGUAAACUUAAAACACUUUUUGCCAAGAACAACCGCCUGGACGAAUUUUCUCUGCCCAAAGAGUUCGGCUCUCUACCGCUGGAGGUGAUAAACUUUAGCGGGAACCGCUUCGAGGAGAUCCCGCUUCAGUGCACCAAACUGCUGCGUCUGCAGUCGCUUUCUCUCGGUGGAAACAGACUGAGAAGUAUUCCCACAGAAAUUGAAAAUUUAACCAGUUUGGAGAUGCUGUAUUUGGGUGGAAACCUCAUCUCGGCCAUUCCCCCUGAAGUGGCAAACCUGCCAUACCUCACCUACCUGGUCCUGUGUGACAACCGCAUCCAAAGUGUGCCACCGCAGCUCACCAGGCUCCACUCACUGCGGUCUCUAAGUCUCCACAACAACCUGCUCACUUACCUUCCCAGAGAGAUCCUCAGCCUGGUGCAGCUGCAGGAGCUCAGCCUGAGAGGAAACCCACUGGUGGUGCGCUUCGUCAAGGAGAUGACCUACAACACCCCCAAGCUGCUGGAGCUGGCCGGUCGCACCAUUAAGAGUCGAAAUAUUCCAUACUCCCCCUCGGAGCUUCCCUCUAACCUGGUGCGUUACCUGGACCUGGCCAGCAAGUGUCCCAACCCCAAGUGUGCCGGUGUGUACUUUGAUUCCUGCGUGCGCCACAUCAAAUUCGUAGACUUUUGUGGGAAGUACCGGCUGCCCCUGAUGCACUACCUGUGCUCCCCUGAGUGCACCUCCCCCUGCAGCUCCAGCUCCCAGAGCGACGCCGAGUCUGAGGAGGAGAACAGCGUCCCCGCCGACCGCCUCCAGCGGGUGCUGCUGGGAUAGGAAGGCUCUGGCCUCUGACUCCACCAGACACAUUUCAUGCACUCUGUUCACACGUUCCCUUAAAACAUUUGGCCUCUUAAACGCACAAAUUAUACACAGAUCUUUUGUUGCUCAGGAACAACUAAAGAUAGACGGACUAAGUGUACUUUGUUUCAUAUUUGACUGAAUGCCGGCUCCACAUAAAGCGACAGCCGUAACUCGCCCUCACAAAGCCGCUUUUCUGACAGUGGAGCACAGGAGGGCAGCAAAACUCCUGUUCGGACUUUGUAGACUGAAGGAGGGACGUGAUUGCUUCUGUUUCCUGGACAGCACAUUUCAUCUGCAUCGUACCAAUUCAGGCACAUUGUUGUCCAUCUUCAGUUUGAAUGGGACAAUGUUAAAUUUGGUGGUGAUCUUUAACAGUAGAUUUUUUUAUUCUUUUUUUGCCUACUACUGUGGUCAUCGAACACACGAUUUUUGGGAGCAUUUUCCCAUGGUGCCUGUUUUUAAACGAGUUCGUAUGUGGAAGUUUGCUUGUCCAGGCUUACUCACAGGAAGUGCAUUCGGGGUGGACCGGGGGAAACCAUCCACUUCUGUUAGCACAGAAACAAUAGCUAUUGAACCCGACUCAGGCCCAGGGCUGUCUGCUUUCUCUGGGCGUAAACGCACAAUCAGCACGACGCUUACCGGCGGUUCAGUUCAUCCUUUUUUGAGACGAACAGCGAACAUUUCAAAGUGGAAAUGAUUCCGGUCCUCCUGGUUACAUCUCUGCUGAAAGAGUCCACUCUCUACACACAAUUUGCGUCUGUUGGGGAGAAGGAGAGAAUUCCCAGUAGCUUCUAAUGUUUAGAAAACAGAGUCUUCCUCUGUGUUACAGCAGUGCCUACAUUUGCUGAGUGCCUUAGUAACGCUGACUUCUAACGGGAAAAAAAAAUGUGUGCGCGUAUGAAGUAAUGUGAUUAAUAUAUGAACCCUAAAAUGUGACAAAUCUAACAUUAAAGAGGAAUUAUUACGGAAUCCAGUUUUUCGUCAGAUUUUUGUACUGAUCAGAUUAACUACACUAAAGAGAACAGGUAAACUUUUAUAACAUGAUAAACUGCUUUUAUACUUUUUUUCAUAUGUCAAGCUGCCUUUUUCAGUAACCUGCAGAUAGAGCUUUACUCCUUAAAUGAAAUGAUGUAUGAAGGAUAUGUAAGUGGGCUGUAUGGUCUGUAAUAACGCUAAUAAAAACUGAUCAUCUGAA